AUGCAGGGCCGCAGCAGCGCGUGGGGAGCUGCUGCUCCUGCUGCUGCUGCUGCUGCUGCAAUGCCUGCUGCUGCUGCUGCAGCAGGUUACUAUGCUGCAGCAGCAGCACCGGCAUCGACCCCCUCCUCUCCGCCGUCCUCUGUGCCUUCUGUCUCUGGCCCUACAGCAGCAGCAGGAGCAGCAGGAGCAGCAGCAGCAGGAGCAGCAGCAGCAGCAGCAGCAGGAGCAGCAGCAGCAGCAGCAGUAUAUGCGGGUAAUCCAGAUGCUCCACCUGGUUUUGCAGCAGCAGCAGCAGCAGCAGCAGCAACAGCAACACUGCGGCAGCAGCUUCCUGCUGCAGCUCAGUAUACACCCCACCCCACACACUAUCAGUAUUCAUCUCGCUUGCUGCUGCCGCUGCUGCAGCAGGCGCUAGAUAGAUGUAAGGCGGAUAUGUUGUCUUGCUGCCGCGUGGCUCAGCAGCAGCAGCAGCUGCUGCAGCAGCAGCUGCAGCAGGCAGCAGCAAAAGGAGAAGGAGAGAGUGCCCGCGCAUGCAGCAGCAGAUAG